AUGGAGACCACCCGCUUUGCUUGGCCGUCUCAGGCUGGUCUGAAAGAAAUUGCCCAUACUCUGAUUAAGAUUGGUGCAGAUCUCCAGGUCACGGAUAGAUACGGCCAGCCCUUGUUGCAUCAAGCCGCCAGCAACGGGCAUAAUGAUGUCAUCCAGCUGUUGCUGGGCCAUGGGGUCGAUGUCAAUAGUACGGAUCCAGGAGGCCGCACGGCAUUGCAUUUCGCUGCAUUUUAUGGCCAUAAGUCAACUACUAGAAUACUGUUAAGCAGCCCUGAGAUUGACAGUGCGACUUGUGACAACGAAGGGGCUACACCUCUCUGCGCGGCCGCGCGGGGAAACCACCGAUGUGUUGCAUUGCAGAUCUUGGAUAAGGAACCAACCAGCAUCAAUGCACUGGGCUUUGGCGAAAAGAAUGCUCUUCAUUUUGCGGUCGAAAAUAGAAACAUCCACCUCGCGUCUCUGCUUGUGGACCUGGAUUCACCGGACCCAAACACCUGCGACGUCCAGGGCUGGACGGCCCUUAACUACGCAGCGGGCCAAGGCGAUCUGCGGAUGAUGGAACUCCUUCUUACUAGGAGUGAUCUAGAAUUGAAUAUAUCGCGCGUACCCCCCAUUUAUCUUGCUGCUGAGAGGGGGCAUCUGGAAGUUGUCCACCGACUCGUCUCUCUUCACAAGGUCGAUAUCAAUCAGACCUACUGGCGCAAGUCUCCUCUAUUCAUCGCGAUCGAAAAAGGCUACCGUAGUAUUGCAAAAUUGCUGCUUAAACAAGGGUCUCGAUUGAAUGUUAACGCCAAGACUUCCCUUGAGGAUACGGCACUACAUAUUGCUGUCUCUUAUGGAGAUUCGGAAAUUGUGGAGCUAUUGCUCAGAGACGAUUGA